CAGACCAACUUCUCCCUAUGCUUGGUUUGCCAAACGUUUCAGCAACCGUCUUCAGCACUUUGCCUCCAACAUCAACCAACUACAAAUUUGGUUUGUUCUUGGCUAAAAUUGGGAAGUUUUUUUGUUAACGACCUGUUAAUACAAUGUCUUCCUCUAAUUUAGCGUUUCUGAAGGCGAAAGCCUGUGCAGAAAUUGUUGCCGAAUUAAUUGCUGCAGAAAAUCAAAACAAGGUUAUUAACCUCAAUGCCUUGAAAAUGCGAAUAUCCAAGAAGCAUCAACUCUCGGAAUCACCUCGAUUAACGGAUAUUAUUGCGGCAAUUCCUCCUGAUGCUUACCUUAAAGAAUCGAUAAUGAGAAAGCUGCAAGCGAAGCCUGUGCGUACGGCUUCGGGAAUUGCCGUUGUUGCAGUAAUGUGUAAACCUCAUCGUUGUCCUCAUAUUGCCAUGACGGGUAACGUUUGUGUUUAUUGUCCCGGUGGUCCAGAUUCUGAUUUUGAAUACUCAACUCAAUCAUACACUGGUUACGAGCCCACGAGUAUGCGUGCUAUCAGAGCACGUUACGAUCCCUAUGAACAGGCAAGAGGUCGUAUAGAACAAUUGCGCUCUUUGGGACACCCUGUCGAUAAGGUUGAAUAUAUUAUCAUGGGUGGUACAUUCAUGUCCCUGCCUCAGGAUUACCGUCAUAAAUUCAUUGCCAAUCUGCACAACGCAUUGUCUGGAGCAACUACGGAAGACUUGGAUGAGGCUGUUCGUUUCUCUGAACAAUCUGAAACAAAAUGUGUGGGUAUCACUAUCGAGACUCGACCUGAUUAUUGCUGGGAUCAGCAUCUUGACGAGAUGCUUCGGUAUGGCUGUACUCGCUUGGAGGUCGGUGUUCAGAGUGUGUAUGAGGAUGUUGCUCGUGACACAAAUCGUGGACAUACAGUAAAGGCUGUGUGUGAAACCUUUCAACUUGCAAAGGAUGCCGGCUACAAGGUGGUUACGCACAUGAUGCCCGAUCUCCCAAAUGUUGGAAUGGAACGUGAUAUCUUUCAGUUUCAAGAAUAUUUUGAGAACCCGGCGUUCCGUACGGAUGGUUUGAAGUUGUAUCCUACACUCGUUAUUCGCGGCACAGGUUUGUACGAGCUUUGGAAGACUGGCAGAUACAAAAACUAUACGCCAAAUGCGUUGGUGGACUUGAUUGCACGUAUUCUGGCUCUUGUUCCUCCAUGGACACGUAUUUACCGUAUCCAGCGAGACAUUCCCAUGCCUCUUGUAACUUCGGGCGUCGAGAAGGGUAAUCUUCGUGAGCUUUCACUCAGCAGAAUGCGCGAUUUUGGAACGACAUGUAGGGAUAUUCGUACGCGUGAAGUUGGCAUGCAAGAAGUGCAUCAUAAAAUUAAGCCAGAGCAAGUCGAGCUGCUUCGCCGUGAUUAUACUGCAAAUGGCGGGUGGGAGACAUUUUUGUCCUAUGAAGAUCCUACCCAAGAUAUCCUCAUUGGUCUUCUACGCUUGCGUAAAUGUUCAUCAAAGACAUAUCGCCCAGAACUGAAGGCACAACCUACUUCACUUGUGCGGGAGCUUCACGUUUACGGCAGUGCAGUUUCCAUUCAUAGCAGGGAUCCUAAAAAGUUUCAGCACCAAGGUUUUGGUACUUUGUUGCUGGAAGAAGCAGAGCGUAUUGCUCGUGAAGAACACAGAAGCACAAAAAUUAGCAUUAUUUCCGGAGUGGGUGUUCGGAAGUAUUACAAAAAACUCGGCUAUGAGCUGGAUGGACCAUACAUGUCAAAACAGCUGUGAACUGAGAAACCAGUUUGUUGAUAACUGACUUUAUGCAGAAUACUAAUACUGCACCUUGGAAGAAAGUUUUAAUGUUACGUGCUUUUCUGCUCCCUAGGUCCAGGGCGCCUUGCUAGAAUAGGGUGGAAUAAAAUUGGUUUUGGGUUUUGGCAAUAACGUUAGUAAAUCGGUACUUGUGUUCCGUUAUUGAAAAACUGUACUAGCAAUUGCUUCGGAACAUAUCGUUUGUAAUGGAUUUAUGAAAGUUGGUUUAAUAGUAUUAAAAAAACUGAAAAGUAGCUUGGUUAAAUCAGCUCCAAAGUCAGAACGGUUUCUCAAAGUCGUUGGGAUUUAAAC